GCAUAUUCACAGUGAUGUGCUACAAUGUCCUAUGCGACAAGUACGCGACUAGACAGAUGUACGGCUACUGCCCGAGCUGGGCACUCGAGUGGGACUACAGGAAGAAGGGCAUCCUUGACGAGAUUAGGCAUUAUUCUGCUGACAUCAUUAGUUUACAGGAAGUGGAAACGGAUCAGUUUUAUCAUUUUUUUCUCCCGGAACUGAAGCAAGACGGUUAUGAUGGUAUUUUCUCGCCGAAAUCACGCGCAAAGACAAUGUCCGAAUCGGAACGAAAAUAUGUUGAUGGUUGUGCCAUCUUUUUUAGAUCUGCUAAAUUCUCAUUAGUAAAGGAACAUCUAAUUGAAUUUAAUCAACUAGCAAUGGCUAAUAGCGAAGGUUCGGAUAAUAUGUUGAACCGAGUGAUGCCGAAAGACAACAUCGGGCUCGCUGCCUUAUUAAAGACCAAGGAAGCAGCGUGGGAAAACGGUAAACACUCGUCGACUCUAGCACAACCUAUUCUAGUGUGUACCGCACACAUACACUGGGACCCAGAAUUUUGUGAUGUCAAACUAAUCCAAACUAUGAUGCUCAGUAACGAACUGAGGUCAAUUUUAGACGAUUCCGCAAGAACAUUGCGUCUUUCAGGACAGAAGGACAACGUGCAACUGUUACUAUGUGGGGACUUCAAUUCUCUACCGGAUAGUGGAGUUGUGGAGUUCCUAUCAUCAGGCCGUGUGUCUGCUGAUCACCGAGAUUUCAAAGAAUUGGGUUACGCGACAUCGUUAAGACGUAUGCCCGGUUCAGAGCAUGAAUUCACGCACAAUUUCAAGCUGGCUUCCGCUUACAGUGAGGACAUCAUGCCCUACACUAAUUACACAUUUGACUUCAAAGGUAUCAUUGACUACAUAUUCUACAGCAAGCAGUCGAUGACGCCCUUAGGGUUGCUGGGCCCGUUAUCACAGGAUUGGUUCCGCGAGCAUAAGGUCGUCGGCUGUCCCCAUCCACACAUACCUUCAGAUCACUUCCCGCUGCUAGUCGAGCUCGAGAUGUGUCCGAGCUCGAGCGGCAACAGUAACGGGCUGAUCGGGCGCAGGUAG